UCUAACGUCAGUUUGAUAAAAAGAGACCGUACUGUUUUAUUGUUGUCUACAUUUUACAUCAAAUAUCACAAUUUGAACAGUUAAUCUUGCAUAGAAAUAAUAAUUAAAAUUGAUCGAUAAUAAAAACAAUUUGUAAAUUACCUUACAGUAACACACGUCAAAAUGUUAUUAUAAAAAUUAAAUAACGAAGUAAGAUAAUUACGCAAAGAAGAAAUUUCAUAAAAUUCAGUCUGUCACUGGAACAUAAUGGAACAGCUUGCUGCCUGGUAUCAGAAAAAAAUAAGUUCGUAUGAUAAAGAAGAAUGGGAGACUAUGGUUGAACAGCUAUUGAUGAGAGGCACUUAUCGGCGCCGCAUCAUAGACUCAUCUUCUCAUGCCCGAUCCUACCUGAUUGAUGUAGAUUUAGUUAGAGGUUCCUCAUUUCCCAAAGCGAAGCCUACACUUGGUAUGCGCCGUGUGGUAUGGUUCGCGCUUGUCCGCCUCGUAUUCUUGCCAGCGCUGUACCAGUGGUGGGCGCAACAAACCUCGCCAACGUGUGCAAAAUUCCUAUUAUCCCUAUGGUUCCUUCAAGUUCUCAAUAUAACGUUAAAUUUUUUCGCACCGGCGUCCAUUGAUUUAGAUGCCAAUUGUUGGAUAGUCCCAAUGGUCCUCAUGAUUGCACUCAGCUUAGUGCACUCGCAAAUUGUAUGCACCACUGAAAUGGAGCUGGCCAGAGUUCGACCCAGAUCUAAUUAUAGAAGAAAACUACCACGAUAUUUUAGAAGGACACGUUCAGAUUGUGACGGCGGUAGCGGAGGUGCUUCAGCUGAAAGUGGAGCUACUUCUAGCCAAAGCAAAACUCGUAUGACAAAACCAGCCAAGUUUCGCCGGCGCUUAUCAAGACCAGAUAUAGCGGAUGGUGGUUUGAGAAAACGAAGAAAAGAUCCAACUAUGGAUAGUCCUCAAAGUGAUAGUCUCGAUGUAACCAAAGAUAAAUUACACAAAAAUAAAGCUAAGGAUUCUGACGAUGAAGACUACAUGGUUUGGAAAAAAACUGAAGUUCCUCCUACUGUUACUUUCACCCCACCGCUUGAAAACGCUGCAGCUAGCACAUCUUACAAGCCAAAUGUUUUAACAAAAAAAUAUUUGGAGAUAUUUAAUGUACGACAAAAUCAACAAGAUGAACUUCCUAGGCCAACAUUAGCGGAUGGAGACGAUGGUUUUGAAAGUCUAAAUGGCUAUAAUUCGAGUGAAGGAGACAAUCUCAAUAAAGAAAAGGCUCCAGAAGUCAAAGGUGUGAAUAAAGAAGCGAAUGUAGAAAAUCAGCAAAUACCCCAAGUCUCUUCAACAUCGAAAGAUAUUCGCAACGUAGUCGACAGCAAUAGCGACGCAGAUAAAAUCGAAAAAGACGAUGAUAUAGAUGAAAAAUCAAAUGAUCCUGAUUCCGAUAACGCUGUAACGACUAGCAGUCCUAACACUGGCAAACGAGUCAGUGUCCGCUUCAGGAACUCCUGGUCCACGGAUAAGUUAAAAAAGUUUGCAAAUGAAGAUGAUUAUGCCCAUAUUGAUAAACAAAAGAAGUUAGAAAAUUACCAGACGUCGUCGUCUGACGGGGAAUGCUCAGCUUCCGCGCCAUCCAUCGCACUGCCAUCGCACCAUACCAUGUCUGACUGGGUUGGGCAAAUCACUAACAGUGAAGAGAGCAGCUAUGAGUCGCAAUCGGAAGCCGGCCAUUCCGAUGUCGGCUUUCACUAUACCGGAGAUAGCUCAUGGGAUCCUUUUGCAAUAUUAGAUCCUUCAAGUGAUACAGUGAAAUGCACAAUGUGGGAGCGUGGAUCGACGUUGCGCGCGGAAUUGUCCGCAGUGGACAUUAGCUGGUACGUGGUGGCGCGCGCCGAGCGGGCUAUGGCGGCCGACGGUUGUCUAUGGUCCGGAUUGAUUAUGGCCGCUUUGGUCGCUUUCAAUGGACCGGUUAUGAGGCUUAUUCAGGUUGCCAUAGAGCAGGAAGGUAGUACUGAAGAAGAGUUGCAGUCAAUAUCGCUUAUGAGCAUACCCGCUGUAAUUGGUAACUACACACAAGGAUCUCCGCGGUGUGUUUUCAACGGUGCUUUCGGGGAUGAUCUUUGGGAGGUGUCGACAAACAUUCUAUCCUGCGUGUUGCGAUUCACUCUAAGCGGGCUAGUAUUCUUUCUACUGGCGGUGUCCGAGCGCGCGUACAAGCAGCGCUUCUUGUACGCAAAGUUGUUUUCACAUUUGACGUCCGCUCGGCGAGCGAGGAAAUCGGAACUGCCGCACUUUAGGUUGAAUACCGUUAGAAAUAUCAAAACUUGGCUCUCUACAAGAUCUUAUUUGCGGCGCCGCGGACCUCAGCGAUCGGUAGACGUUAUUGUAUCAGCUGCCUUCAUGAUCACACUGACGCUACUGGCCUGCGUCAGUGCUCAACUUCUAAAGGAUUCUGUAACCCUAGAAAGGGGUUGGCUUCUUGAAGCGAUGAUCUGGAGUUGCUGUCUAGGUGUCUAUCUUUUGCGUCUAUUGACCCUGGGCAGCAACGUGAAUAAGAAGUACCGUGGAUGUCUGUCCGCCAUACUUACGGAACAGAUAAACCUACAUCUAGCCAUAGAGCAGCGACCAGAGGGCAAGGAACAACUCACUGUGGCGAAUAAUGUACUGAAGUUAGCUGCGGAUCUUCUAAAGGAACUGGAUGCACCAUUUAAAAUAUCAGGAAUCUGUGCAAAUCACUACUUGUACACGAUCACAAAAGUGGUGAUUCUAUCUGCUUUGUCGGGCGUCUUGUCCGAAAUGUUGGGUUUCAAACUAAAGUUACACAAAAUAAAAAUAAAAUGAUAACCCGCAGUCAAUAAAUGCAAAUUUAUUAGUAGUGCCACAUUAGUUUAAAAAUCUAAAAUGUUGAUAGAAUCAUGAAAAAAGCCAAAUAAAUGUAUUUGGUAUAUAGUUUUGACGUAAUUAUAAAAUGGACUGAGUUAGUUUUAAGGAAUAUAAAAAACGAAUUGUUGUUAGCGCAAACAGACCAAUAAAUAUGUUAAGAAUUAGAUGAAUACUAAAUAUUUUUAUUGUGCGUUAGUAGCUACGUAUAUUUAAUUUUAUUAAAAUAAUCUCGAAUUAAGAUUGUAAAAUUAUAAUAAUUUAAGGUGCAUGUAGUACCAAAAAACUAAUUUGAGUUUAUUAAAUUUAAUAAGAUGCUCCUUUUUAAAAGUUACAAUGAAGUACAUUGUCACAUUUAUUUACUAUGCUAUUUCGAAUUUUCCUCUAUCCCUAUAUUUCAACUAUGUUUGUAAAAGAACAAUAUAGUCGUUUUUAGAAAUCAUUCGACAAUAUUUGAUCAACAUACUUAGCCGUUACUCAAUUUUCGUCUGGAGCUGAGAAUCGUACUUAUAGAAAAGGCAGCUAAAAAAACCGAAUAUUAAAAACGCCCUAUCGAUGACAUGUUUUCUAUUCUGCAUUCUUAAAUCUCUGGAUUUUAAUGUCAAAUAUAAUAAUAGAUCAUAUUUUUGCCUAUUCCUAUAGCUACAGAUAGUUAAGACAUUUUGCUUUACUUCACUUAAUAUUUUUAAAUGUUGCGUUUGUUCGUUGUUCUGCUUGCGCUAACAUAUUAACUACUGGAAGGAUUUGAAUAUUAUUAUAAAAGUGCACUUUUUACAUUUCUUAGAAUGUACAAUAAGUUUUGUAGGAACAUACACCAAUGCAAUUUUGUAAUGUACGGUAACUUCUUUAAGUAGAUUUGUUUGAUCUCAUAUAAAAUCUUAAUAAAUCUCAUUUUGUGGAUGAAACCUUUCAUAUUAACUGUUUAAUUAAUAUAAAAUACAUUGCUACUUCUUUUGGGUGCUAUUUUAUCAACUGGGAGCUUUUAAUGAAUUAGGUUAAUAGAUUGAAAAUUUAAAGAUGUGUGUAGAUCAUGGUAAAUAGUCACCAGUCUGCCCCCAUUCACAAUUAUUUUAUAAUAGAAAUUUAAUAUUGUUAGUAACUUCUCGUCUCUUAGCGCUUUUGUAUUAUUUCUAUGUUAAUCACUUUUGCCAUAAUAGCGUAGCGCUACCUAAAUAAGUAUGUAAUUACGUGUAAUUAGCAUAAAAUGCUAUAAAAUUUAGU